CAGGGGCGGACUGACCAUUUGGAAACUCGGACACUGCCCGAGGGCCCGGGGUCAGUAGGGGGCCCCAUAAGAUGCCCCUGGUACCUUUUCAUAGGCUUUUUUGAGUUUGGGCAAGGACACAGGGGCCCCAUGAUCCCCUAUUGCCCGGGGGCCCCAUGAGUUGUCAGUCCGCCCCUGGUUGCUGUAUUGUCUCCCGUUAUAUUGUAAAGCUCUAAGCAAACUGUUGGCGCCAUAAAUCCUACAGGAAGGGAGGGGAAA